AUGCACCUUUCAGAUAUGCCCUGGAGUGAUAAGCCAUGGUUUUACUGGGACUUAAUCAUGCUCAUAAUGAUGGUUGGAAACCUUGUCAUUAUACCAGUUGGAAUCACAUUCUUCACAGAGCAAACAACAACACCAUGGAUUAUUUUCAAUGUGGCAUCAGACACUGUUUUUCUAUUGGACUUGAUCAUGAAUUUUAGAACUGGAACUGUUAAUGAAGACAGCUCUGAAAUAAUACUGGACCCUAAAGUCAUUAAGAUGAAUUACUUAAAAAGCUGGUUUGUGGUUGACUUCAUCUCAUCAAUACCAGUGGAUUAUAUCUUUCUUAUUGUAGAAAAAGGAAUGGAUUCAGAGGUUUACAAGACAGCAAGAGCACUUCGUAUCGUGAGAUUUACAAAAAUCCUCAGCCUGUUACGUUUAUUACGACUUUCGAGACUGAUCAGGUACAUACACCAGUGGGAAGAGAUAUUCCACAUGACAUAUGAUCUGGCCAGUGCUGUGGUGAGAAUCUUUAAUCUGAUUGGAAUGAUGUUGCUGCUUUGCCACUGGGAUGGUUGUCUUCAGUUUUUAGUACCAUUACUCCAGGAUUUCCCACCAGAUUGCUGGGUGUCCCUAAACGGUAUGGUUAAUGAUUCCUGGGGAAAGCAGUACUCCUAUGCGCUCUUCAAAGCCAUGAGCCAUAUGCUCUGCAUUGGUUAUGGAGCCCGUGCCCCUGUCAGCAUGUCCGAUCUCUGGAUAACCAUGUUGAGUAUGAUUGUGGGGGCUACUUGUUAUGCAAUGUUUGUUGGUCACGCAACUGCCCUAAUUCAAUCUCUGGAUUCUUCACGACGACAAUAUCAAGAGAAGUACAAACAAGUGGAACAGUACAUGUCAUUCCACAAGUUACCUGCUGAAAUGCGCCAGAAGAUCCACGAUUACUACGAGCACCGCUACCAAGGCAAGAUUUUUGAUGAAGAAAAUAUUCUUAAUGAGCUCAAUGAUCCCCUUAGGGAGGAGAUUGUCAACUUCAAUUGUCGCAAGCUGGUUGCUACAAUGCCUCUUUUCGCUAAUGCAGACCCAAAUUUUGUGACUGCUAUGCUGAGCAAGCUGCGAUUUGAGGUGUUCCAACCUGGCGAUUAUAUUAUCCGAGAAGGGGCUGUGGGUAAAAAGAUGUAUUUCAUUCAGCACGGUGUCGCUGGUGUCAUCACCAAAUCCAACAAGGAGUUGAAGCUGACAGAUGGCUCUUACUUUGGAGAGAUUUGCCUUUUGACCAAGGGCCGUCGAACUGCCAGUGUACGAGCUGACACAUACUGUCGCCUGUACUCCCUCUCGGUGGACAACUUCAAUGAGGUUUUGGAAGAGUACCCCAUGAUGAGAAGGGCCUUUGAAACAGUAGCAAUUGAUAGACUGGACAGGAUAGGGAAGAAGAAUUCAAUCCUGCUGCAGAAGUUCCAGAAAGAUCUCAAUACCGGCGUUUUCAACAAUCAGGAGAACGAGAUCUUGAAGCAGAUAGUGAAGCACGACCGAGAGAUGGUGCAGACUAUCGCCCCGGUGAGCUUGCAGCAGCUGAUCUGGAAAAAAUUGCAUGCAACUUAUGCAUGCCUACAGUAG